GUGGGUGGCAGGUAAAACCAGAGUGGGGACCAUGAGCUGCGCACUUGUGACUGCGUCUUACGAUUCUCUGCCUGCUCGGCUGAGCCCCCAGCGCGUGAAAGAUCAGCACACUGCUCGACGGCUUUCAUCACCACGGGGCUCAGGAGCUCCAGCCUCGCCUGUGGCUCUUCGCCGCCCCUCUGCUCUGCCCGGAUACCUGCUCUCGCCCUUACAGGAGCCCAGUGAACUCCGGCAUCACAGGCAACAGCGCUUCUCCCUCUCACUGGAUUCGGAAGUCUCUCUGGCACCCCCUGUGCCUGUGGCAGGCGCUGCCCCACCAUGCUGCCACGUAGUGGGGGUGGUGCCACUGCUGCGCCUUGCACUGCUCGUCUUCAGCUGCCUCUUCUGGGCGGCCGGACUGGCGAUCUUUACGCUGGGCAUCUGGGUGCAAGCCUCGCUGGCUGACUACAUGCUGCUCUCGGUGAACCAUUACCCUAAUGCCCCACUAAUACUACUAGCCACGGGGGCGGCCAUCACUGCCUGGGGAUUUCUGGGCUGCCUGGGAGUGGCAGUUGGCCUGCCCUGCCUCCUCCGGGCCUAUGGCAUCUUUCAGCUGGCUGUGCUCAUUGGGGGUUUGGCCGCUGGUCUCUCGGGGCUCUUCUACAGAGAAGAUAUUGCUAGAGGUUUUCGCAGUGGCCUACAGAGAGCCGUCGUGAGCUACGGGGAUGACGAAGGCCGUGCCAAUGCCCUAGAUGGCAUUCAGAGGGCACUUAAGUGCUGUGGGGCAGAAGGUUGGCGUGACUGGCUCCUGUCUGAAUGGGCCACCCAGGACGCUCUUUCGCCAGCAGGCAACUUGGGUAAUGGCACGUUUUCUGUGUCAGUGCCAGACAGCUGCUGCAUACAGCGCAAGGCCUGUCAUAACAGGCCAUUGCCAGAAGGGGGCAGUGGAACCAUUGAAGCUGUGGGGAUUCACCAACAUGGCUGCUUCAGGAAAGUCUUCAGUUUUGUUAAUGAUAAUGUCUUUCAUAUUGCUGCUGCUGUGCUGGGGCUUGCCUUUACGCAGGUGUUAGGUAUUGCUCUAGCAUGUAUACUUGCUAACCACCUGGCUUCUCAGCCUCGUAGACAAGGUCACUAAGAAAUGUCAGAGUUGUUGUUCAAGAGAACGACCAGUAAUCCAGCAUUAUUCUAUGAAAAAGCUAGUUCCAUAGACUUCCUUAUUAAGUCUACUUAUAUAUUGAACAAGAUCUUCAAUAGAGAGUAUGUACAAUUAAACAAAGAGUUAGCUUAGAAAACCACCUUCAAGAAACUUUCUUUAAA